AUGGUGGUGACUGCUAGCGCAGUUCCCAGUACGCAGCAAGCGAGGUCGACAGAGCAAGUCCGAGGCAUCCAGAGUGGAGAGGUGUUCGUCCGCUUGAACGGCGUAAAGCUUUGUGAGCCUCACGGAACUCUCCAUGGCGCUCGCCCGUUCUUAGUGAAGCUCUUGCACCUAGACGAUGAUAAGAAGGAGGCUACGCAACGGCUUAUACAGCCGAGUGAAGAUAAACUAGCAUUUACACGCAAAAUGCGGCGACAUACGCGACAGCGGAGACGUACAGCGAAAGAGCGUUGGGAUGCUGUACGAGGCGUGAUUGAAGUGUACGACAACGAAAAUGUAUGUGCGGUAGCGAACCACCUCGUGCCGAUUGAAAACCCUGCUUCGAGUGCGCUGGAUCGAUACUUCCGGCACUUCCAGACACUUGAACAAGCCUAUAAGCAGCACGUGACAAGCGACAUCCUACACCUCUACGCUUUGUUGGAGGCCGAGAGUAAGUACAUCACGGCAUGGAACAAAUGCGAAGAAGCGAAGUACAACGACCAACGCGCACUAACCAAGCUGCUUUUCCGAUUCAACUCUUUCGCGUUGCAACUCGAAAGCGAGACGUCUGGACAGGUGCGGAUGUGGAGACUGCCAGUGUCAGACCCACAGCGCAAGCGCUGCGUCAAAGCUGCCACGGAGAAUAUAAAGAAACGUUUCUUCUCAUCACCUGGACAACCACUGGAGGUACUCGAGGUCUACAAGAUCGACAACCGAGUGUUGCUGAGUAACUUUCAGAGAUUUACCGAUUCGCUCUCCAAGACAAACUCCGAUAUCAAGAUCAAAGGGUUAUUUUGCAAUUUACCCGCGGACAGCGUUAAACGCUGCGUUGUAUACGGUAUGCACACAGCAAAAGAGAAGAACGGGGAAAUUCGUUUCUUAGACCCCCACGGAGCCGAAAUCAAGGUAUUUAGUCGCUCAGCCCUGCUGCACGACCGUAAAGAUGCCCCUGGGACGAGUAUGGCAUUUCGCGCUCGCUUAAAGGUAAAUAACGGCACUGAAUUGCAGUUUCCGAGGCGAUUCAGCAGGUAUAGUACGCUAGAGGAACUGCGCACCACAAGUUGCCAUGAGCAAGAUAUUACGAGUGAAGAAUAG